UUCUUCUUAUUAUUCUCGUNUGAAGACGCGCCUGUUCAUCGUGGUGUUCGUCAACAUUCAUGUUCUUUUUGUCAGCUUUUCAUGUCUGCAAAGUUCGGCUAGCUUUACUUUGUUUUCCUUUUAUUUAGCUGAACAUAAGUAAUAAAGCUAUCUUUGUCCAGAAUUUACAUAUGUGCGUGCGCGGGUGUGUGUGUGUGUGUGCGCGCGCGUGUGCGUGUGUGUGCAUUUCAGGUGAUCUGUCUCUAAAGAUAUUGUUAAGCUAUCAUUCGUCUGUGUUCUGUCAAGGUGGUGUAAUAUUUUGUAUUGCCGUUAAGUAUGCUGUGGGUUUUGGAACAGAAAGUGAGGCGCAAAAGUCAUAAUAUAUGACUGCUUAAUUUUUUUGUUGUUUGAAAACGCAGAAAAGGGAGUGACACCUUUGCUCACUACAGUUUUUGUUUUGACACAAUUAAGUUCUGUUAGCAUGUGUAGCUCCCCUUGAAAAUUUUGAAUUUUCAGAUCAGAACUUCUUCCCAGAUGCGACAUACGAGAGGCUGGAGCAGCUUGAUAAUGUAUAUCCUAUAGGUCUAGGAAAUUAUUCGGGAAGCAAUUAUAGUGCAGUUAAAUUUGUUAGCCAAUUGUUAAAGUAGACUGCACUGGGUUUCCAAGUUGAAAUCGGUUGCUAGUUUUGAGUGCUUUCUAGCAAAAAUUACUCUAUCUUCUGGAACUUAAGAAAUUUCAUGAUGCUAUGGGCCAUUUUUCAUUUUUAUUUUUUCAUAUUUCUUGCUUAACUGAUUGACUUUCAAAUGAUAUUGAUGAUAAUAUAAUUUCCUUCUCUAUGUCUUCAUACACCCUAUAACUUAUCUUCACUUACUCAUAUUUCUUUGCCCAUUGAAGCUGAAAUGCAAGAUAAUACUGCCUUUGCCUUCUAAGCUAUUGUAAAGCGUUUCCUAUUUUUUUUUUUCUUUUAAUUUUCUUCUGAAGAAUCAUAGCAUGGAAUUGAUUUCAUACACAUGUUGCCAAUUAAAAUCACAUGAUGAACCUUACCCAUUUUUUCACCUGCACAAUGCAUUUAGAAUACAGCUUUCGGACCAUGAUAUUUUCACUUUCAUUCUCUACUCCACUGCUCCAUCAUGUAGGUGAUAAGUUUCUGUGAUUAUUUUCUUUGUGUCAUGUAUGCACGUGAACAAGGGUAAACAGGUGUCGAGAAAUAUGGAUGAUCCAAAUCUCAGUUAUAUGCACUACCCAAGCUUCAGUUCCUGUUCAUUUCCACUGUAAUAUCAACUUUUUUCUUGGGAAUGUGAUGCUAACUGCAAAGUUGACACUCGUGAUAGCUUUAUUCUAGGAUGGUAUUUAGUUUAUUUUAAUUUCCAGGUGGAUCUUUUAAACUGAUACUAUCUAAUCAGAUGCUUUAUGGCAUAUGAGCAUGAGAUCAAGGGAACAAAUGGAAUCUGGACCUUAUCCAGUACGUGAAGGCGAACCGGAUUGUUCGUAUUACAUUCGAACAGGUCUAUGCAGAUUUGGGACAACAUGUAGAUUUAACCACCCUCCUAACAGGAAUCUGGCUAUUGCCACGGCAAGGGUGAAAGGCGAGUAUCCAGAACGAAUAGGACAACCUGAAUGUCAGUAUUACUUAAAAACGGGGACCUGCAAAUACGGAGUCACGUGCAAGUAUCAUCAUCCUAAAGACAAAGCCGGGAUUGCUGGAAGAGUUGCAUUAAAUGUUUUGGGAUAUCCUCUUCGCCCGAAUGAAACUGAAUGUGCAUACUAUUUGAAAAACGGGAUAUGCAAAUUUGGAAGCACUUGUAAAUUCCAUCAUCCUCAGCCAUCGAAUAUGAUGGUUUCUUUACGUGGUUCUGCUGUAUAUCCCGCUAUUCAUUCUCCAACAAACAGCCAGCUGUCAUAUCCUUUAUCGAGAGCUUCUUUUAUAGCCGGUCCACGGUGGCAAAGCCCUUCAAGUUAUGCACAGCUGGUUAUGCCUCAAGGAAUGGUAUCUGUUCCAGGAUGGAACACUUACAGUGGUCAGAUGAGUUCAGUUUUAUCUUCGGAAUUCCAAAAUCCUACAACAGGAAACGACCAGGAUGAUGGCACAUCGCCCCAGGAUGAAACUGGAGGUGUGGGAUCUCAAUUUCAUUCUCGUACUGUACCAAUCGGGUAUUAUGCAUAUCAGGGAGACAACAUAUUUCCAGAGAGACCUGGUGAGCCAGAAUGCCAGUUCUAUAUGAAGACAGGGGACUGCAAAUUUGGUGCAGUGUGUAAAUUUCACCAUCCCAGCGAAAGACUUAUCCCUGUUCCUGAUUGUGUCUUGAGUCCAAUUGGACUUCCUCUACGCCCGGGAGAGCCACUAUGUGUAUUCUAUUCCCGAUAUGGAAUCUGCAAGUUUGGUCCAAGCUGCAAAUUUGACCACCCUAUGAGGGUUUUCUCAUACAAUGCGGCUGCGUCAUCAUCAUCGACCGACUCCCCAGCCGUUCGUCAUUUCUUGGCUUCAUCAUCAUCAGGAAAUGUGGCACUAAGUUUCUCAGCAGAUGGACUUGCAGAAGCUGUCUCCACAAACAACAGACGAUUAUCUUUGUCUGAGCCUACUAGACAGAAAUCCUCGGGUGACAAUAACAUUGACUCAGAGUGAUAAUAUAUAUACACAAACCCAACUAAGUUAUCGCCUUUUCCAAUCUUUUAGAUGCGCGGCAAAUAAAUGACAGCUUCGUGUAAAUUCAUUUCCGUUGCUGGACAUGUACAGUGUUAAAUUUCUGUCAAUCCGUUCUUCUGAACGUUCUAGAUUGACUUCCUUAAACUUGUUGAGUUGUAUCAAUUUUCAAAUGUUGUCACAUUUGUUAAAGGCAGCAGUGGAUGUUCGGUCUUCUCUGAAAGCCAUCUUCCUAUCAUUUUUGUAUCACUUUGACAUUCUUCUGGAUAUUUCCUUUCACAGCAGGCUCAUGUAACACAUCAUUGGACUCUGGAAAUACGACAGGAUUGUUUCUCCUUUAAGGCAUAAUGAUUAUGUAUGAACUCAUAGUUGUGUAGAAUAACAUGUUAUUUUCCUUGUUAAUUUAUGGUCAUUAACAGGAUUAUCGCGGUCUAUGAGCUCUCUUGUUGGACUCAUUACACCAAGGAAAGAGCAAAGUAUCUGGAAGUGAGGAUGGUAUUUUAAAUGGGUAGAUGAGGGUGCUAAGGUGUUGAAAGAAGAUUUUUAAGGACAUGAAUGUAAGUGAAUGGUGAGAAGGCUAGAGAGAAAAUACCUGUGUCCAAAAGAUUUCAAGGAGAAAAAAACAGACUAUAAGCAGGCUUGGACUCGUGUGUGGAUCUGAUGAGAUGAGAUGACUAGCUGUUUUGAGAUGUCUUUGUUUGUUGGUUCAAAAAAUUUUCUGCUGGGAUCUCUGUCUUAAACCUGAAGUUGCGCAAGCUAAUGCUUUUGUAUAAAACUGCUAUCGCCUUCCAUGACAUAUGAUGAAUUGCAUGAGCUGCUUCCCAUAUUACAGAUAAAGCUUUGACGGAUGUGUGUUAAGAUAUAUGUAAGAAAUACUACAUCUUUAGCUGUCUGGAGCCAGCUCAAUGAAAAUCCUUAUGGUAUCCUUUUCAUGUCUUGAAAAGAUCCAUUUAAGACAUCAUUGAUGAAUCACAAUCUUAUGCAUUGACAGAUAUUGUCACUGAAUUGUUUGGGGACGAGAAUGCAUCAACAAGAUUUGAUUAUAUCCAAUGUGGAAAAAUGGAAUAGUUUCCAG